AUAUAUAAGAUGCUCUAAAACAAGCAUUCCAAAAUCUCUAGCAAUCGUUUGUACUCUCUUCCUCCAUCAGUACCUGCGAGGCUGCGACUGUGAUUGCACUUCUCAGCCAUGGCGACCGGAAACACCACUGCCCCGCCGCGUCAGCUCUCUCAGAAAGAAGCUGACAUUCAAAUGAUGUUGGCUGCUGAAGUCCACCUUGGCACCAAGAACUGUGAUUUUCAGAUGGAGCGUUACGUCUUCAAGCGCCGAAACGAUGGGAUUUACAUUAUCAACCUCGGGAAGACGUGGGAAAAGCUCCAGCUUGCUGCCAGGGUUAUUGUUGCUAUAGAGAAUCCCCAGGACAUGAUUGUCCAGUCUGCAAGGCCUUAUGGUCAAAGAGCAGUACUUAAGUUUGCUCAGUACACCGGUGCUCAUGCAAUUGCUGGAAGGCAUACUCCUGGUACCUUCACUAAUCAGCUCCAGACAUCUUUCAAUGAGCCUCGUCUCCUUAUUCUUACCGACCCAAGAACAGAUCACCAGCCCAUCAAGGAAGCUGCUCUUGGUAACAUCCCCACCAUUGCUUUUUGUGACACUGAUUCGCCAAUGAGGUAUGUUGACAUUGGUAUCCCUGCCAAUAACAAGGGGAAACACAGCAUUGGAUGCCUCUUUUGGCUUUUGGCAAGAAUGGUUUUGGAGAUGCGUGGCACAAUUCGUGCAGGGCACAAAUGGGAUGUGAUGGUAGAUUUAUUCUUCUAUAGGGAGCCUGAGGAGGCUAAACAAGAGGAGGAUGAAGAAGCCAUUGUUGGUGCAGACUAUGGAGUUACUGAUUAUGCAACUUCUGGCAUUGCUGGCCUUUCUGCUGAACAAUGGCCUAGCCAAAUAGCCGAUGCUCCUUGGCCCGCUGAAGUUACAGGUGCUAUUCCAGCUGUUCCUGCUGUGGGCUGGACUACCGAAGCAGCUGCAGUACCUUUGGCUGCGGAAGGAUGGGAUGCUGCAAUUCCACCUGCUCAAUUACCCACCGAAACUGCUCCUACAGGCUGGGAAUGAGAUAUCUCUGCUGCCUUACAAAACUUCUAUCCCAACAUCAUUGCAAACCAUAGUUUAAGUUAGAUUUUAUGUAUUAUCCAUCCUUUUUGGGAUGUGAAUUUUUGGUUGUGACGCCCCUCAAGUUUUAGACUUUUGAGUUUUUGUACUACUUUUAACGUGAUAUUUAAAAUGUUUUUCAAGUUUUUGAAUUGGAAGAAGGCACGGUUAGAUACAAA